GAAGUUUUAAGAUAUCAAGUUUUUGUUCAAUGAUAAUCAUAAAAUGACCGUCUGCUAAGUGUAAAAUGGGUUGGAGUACGUACAAUUAAUGCUGUCCUCUACGGAGACACUUUAACGUUUGCGCUUCACAGUGUGGCCACGAGUUACCACGUAAAUAUACCUCUUUAUCAGUAGAGGUGCUAGGACCGGCCUCGAUGACACCAGCGCACGCUUGGUGAAAGUCUCAGACGCAUAUUCGACUUUGAGUUACGAAGACGCCACCUAAAAAAUUAUAUUCUAUCGCGAUAAAUAUUAAAUUUGAUAAACAAACAAAUAUCGUGGCGUGAUUGAAUAAUAAACGUUGUGUGAGGGCAGGCGUGUUGUCGAUAGUUGAAUAGUGUUGUGCUUGGGCGAUAGACUGCCGGCGCAGUAGCACUUAUUCGCUACAAUGAUCGCGGCGUGCGCCGUCAUCUUGCUAGCGGCAUGCACGCUCGCAGACACAGAGACACAAUCGAUUAAUUCGAACACAAAUAACAUAGUACCCGCUGAACAGUACUUCAUUGACAAGAUAUUCGAUAAGUAUGGAUACAAAGGAGUCAUCACGUUCGAGGGAUUUGAACAUUUGCUGGACAGCCUCGGAUUGGGAGGACGCGUCUUUACGUCCCCACACGAUUUGGCACUGCACAGAAUAAAUGGCAGCUUCAAACAACUACACGAUACCCAGCACAGACACAAAAGAUCUCUUAGUGCAGUGACUCCGAUACUGAAAAAAUCAUGUCUAUCACCGAAAGAAAUUCUAAAAGUUUAUGGGAUAGAAAACGAACCGGGUAUCAUAACAAUCGAACCAAAAACAUUCCUGGAAAUGUGCCCAGCGCUGGUCUAUCAACUUGAUCAGAAAUCUUGUUACAAAACAGAGGCACCGGCUUUAAAACUAAAUAGACUGUGGACAUGGAUAUACGCAAGUUUAAGUAUCUUAGUCAUAAGUGCCACUGGACUUUUGGGAGUAGCUAUUGUACCGAUGCUAAAAUCAGCAAUUUUUAGCCACGUGAUACAUUUCCUGGUUGCAGUCGCUGUAGGCACUCUAUGUGGCGACGCUUUAUUGCAUUUAAUGCCACAUGCUCUCAAAUCUCACGGAACUCCAAACGAACCCACGGAGGAAACUGAAGUAAUCUUAAAAUGCAGUGUAACCUUCUUAACGAUCCUGUUAUUUUAUGCCGUGGAAGCCAUUAUGCAGACUCUUAAUGGCGGUCAUGCUCAUUCUCACGAUGCCCAGACGGCAGAAGAUAUAAAGGUGGAAAGCGCAAAACAAAUAGAAACUAUAGAAUUAGGGGCUAUAAUGCCUGGAUCUCCACCGCCACCAGUUGAGCGUCCUAUGUCUUCAACAGCUCUCAUGGUCAUAGUUGGUGAUGGCUUACAUAAUCUAACUGAUGGUCUAGCGAUAGGAGCAGCAUUCAGUGGAGAUCCAGUUACUGGGUUUGCGACAGCUCUUGCAGUUUUCUGCCACGAACUACCCCACGAAUUGGGAGAUUUUGCUGUACUUCUUCGCUCAGGCAUGAGCAUAAAGCGCGCUCUAUAUUACAACCUCCUGUCUUCUGCUCUCAGUUUCAUGGGCAUGGCAGGUGGUAUAUGGCUAGCGGAAGAUCAUGAAUCAGCAUCACAAUGGAUUUACGCUGCUACGGCUGGCACAUUUUUCUACAUAGCACUUGCAGACCUAGUGCCAGAAAUAAAUGAAAAUAAUAAAGGGAAAAGCGUUCAUUUACUUUUAGCAAUUUUGGGGAUAUUAACAGGUGGAGUCAUUAUGCUCAUGAUUGCACUUCAUGAGGAUUCGAUUCAAUAUCUGUUUAGAAAUACCGAAAAGUGAACAUCUUUGAUGUACAAAAUAUUGUGAUAAAAUAUGCAUUGGUACCUAGUGCCUUUUUAUGGUUGUUCAAAUGUUCGUCCCAGACUGUAAUAUAUUUAUGAUACAAUCAUAUUAUGGCCACCCCAGAUUAAAGCCUCGGUAAAUAUAAAAAAUAUAAUUUUAUACUUCCUUUUUUUGUAAGUAAUAAUGUUAAGUUUAAAAAUAUUAAAUAAAAAAAUCUAAACUUAUGUUUAUAUGUCAAUAGGAUGUUAAAUAUUGUUUUAUGUAAAUAUAUGAUUUAUAUUUAAGGGUUAUGUUUUAUAUGGUAACACUUGCGCGUGUGUGAACAAAAUAUUAUAGAUAUUUAUAUUGUAUAA